AUGUGUUCACCCGCUAUCCCAGUCGGCUCCGUCAGCAAAGACGCUCGCUCAGGCGACCCAUCCGAGUCCCCGCGCGUCUGCCCGAAAUGUCACCAAGCCGCCGUCUUCCAAACCAAGACCACCUCCUCCCUAGUCGUCCUGUUUGUUUCCGUCGCUCCCGUCGGCAACACCUCACACACCUGGAAAUGCGAGCUCUGCGAUUGGAGCACGCCGCUGAAGGAAGGAGGGUUAGUCUUCUCUUCUCCUCUUCUCUUCCUACACCCGCCGACCGAUGUUGACUGGACCAACCUCCUUCCCUUGUCUUCACGUGCUAGCUGGGAACCCGCUCUUCCCAGUCAAGCAGCCGAAGAAACCUCGACAUGA